GAUAAGAACCGAGCUUGGUUAAGUUCAGUGGCUGAGGGUGAGAGAGAAGGCCACAUUCCAGGUUGAGACUGAAAAUAACCCAUUCAUGCCUCUGUUGCUAGCCUUGCACUGUGCAGUGGAGAAUUCUCAGUUGUGAUUUUUCAAAAUCUGGCUUUGAAUUCUUGGAGCAGCUGAAUUGCUAUUGCUCAGCACUCUAUUUUCCAGCACUGGAGAUUUGAAGGCUUCUGAUCCUCAACAAGUUCUUGCUGUCCUCAUGGCUUCCAGUCAAAGUCAAUCCUGUGAGGGUUCAAGCUCCUCACAGGAUGCACACUGCACUCACAUCCUGCAAAAUGUGCUCCUAAAUGCCAAGUUAUGUAAGUUGGUGCCUCUUCUGCUCCACAAGUAUCAAAAGAAGGAGCAGGUCACCAUGAAAGAAAUGCUGCAUGUUCUCCCCCAGGAUUACCAUAAAGACUUCCCUCUGAACUUUUGGGAAAUCUGUGAGUCCAUGUAUCUGGGCUUUGGCAUUAAAGUCAGGAAAGUGAAUUACCCUGGAGAUACAUAUGAGCUACUCUCCAUUUUGGGUCUUACAUACAGUGGGAUACUAGAUGGCAAUAGUGAAAGAAUCAUUCUCAAAAUCGACAUAAUUAUAUUCAUCCUGUCUCUAAUCUUCAUAGAGGGCAACCGUAUCAGUCAGGAGGACCUAACUGAAAAAGUGAAAAGAUGGGACAUGUUAGCUCAGUCUGAGCGUAUUCAUUUUGAGGAAGCCUGGAAAUUCAUCACUGAGGAUUUAGUACGGGAAGAGUACCUGAUGUACCGGCAGAUUCCUAACAGUGAUCCUGCUCGCUAUGAGUUCCUGUGGGGUCCAAGGACCCACGCUGAAACCAGCAAGAUGAAACUCCUAGUUCAUAUGGCCCAUCUUAAUGGAACAGAACCCAAAUCUUACCCAGAACUAUAUGAAGAGGCUGUGGAAGCAGAACUAGGUAUACAGCCAGGGUUCCUGAGAAACAGGGAAUGUUGCCCAAAUGUGUCAGUGAAUUUGUUCUCCCCUGAGAAGAAAUGAGGCCCAUUUUCAGUCUCUGUGGAGAGCAGGCAGUUUUCUAAGUAGUGAAGGGCCAGGGGAGGGGUAAAGUAGCACGCAUAGUAUCUUGCUGUCUCUUCUACUUGGGUCACUUGGAAAUGGACAGGGGUUUUCUUUAUGGUUUUUUGAACUAUUGGUCCUUUUGGGGGGAGACUGAAGUAGCUUGCAUAUUAAAUGGUAUUGAUCUCCUGUGUACUUUUAGUUUUGUGAUGUUUGUGUUUUCUGAUGGGAAUGUGAUUCUCCCUGACAUUGAUCACAAACGGAGUGCCUUUUCCAUUCAAAUGUAACAGUCUUUUCUGUUUUAUCAUAAAAACAGAAAAACUAAUUUAUUUAUGAUAAAAUGAGAUUGGAAUAGAAAUUUCCUUGAAAAUUGUACGUUUACAUCAAGUUAGAGGGACCUUAGAAAAGGUGGUAAGGAUGCAAAUCAAAUAUUGGCUGCUGCUCAUUUCUUUUCCCUUGUUGAUCUACACUAUUAAACUUAUAUUUGUUGCAUACCUGAA